UUCCCACCCCAAACCUCAAGAACUCAGAAGAGUUUCAAAAAAAUGUCUGAAUCGCACAAGAUAAAAAGAGAGCUGCCUCUUCUGUACACUAAAUACACAAGCUUUCAUCCAUUUCCAAAACACAAAAACCAAACAUGAAGUCUCCAAUUACAUCCUUAGCUUAUAUUUUUAUUUUCUUGUCGGCAUGGGUAGCUUCUGCUUGCAACCAUGAAGAUUUUCUCGACUGUCUUUCUAUUCAUUCUCCCAACAGUUCUCCGAUUUCAAAUAUUAUUUACACUCCAACGGAUCCUUCAUACUCUUCGGUUUUGAACUUCUCAAUCCAAAACCAAAGAUUUUUGGGUGCCAAAACUCCAAAGCCUCAAAUAAUUGUGACGCCGUUGGAAGCUUCCCACAUUCAAGCAUCUGUCAUUUGCGCCAAAAAUAAUGGCUUCCAAAUACGAACACGAAGCGGUGGCCAUGAUUACGAGGGACUUUCCUAUGUCUCCGAUGUUCCUUUUGUUCUUGUUGAUUUGACGAACAUUCGGUCAAUCGACGUCGAUGUGGAACAAAACGUUGCAUGGGUGCAAUCCGGAGCCACCAUCGGUGAACUCUACUACAGAAUUGCAGAGAAAAGCAAAACCCUAGGGUUCCCAGCUGGACUUUGCCCGACAGUCGGCAUUGGUGGUCACUUCAGCGGUGGUGGUUAUGGUUUGAUGCUACGAAAGUAUGGCCUUGCUGCAGAUAAUGUGAUCGAUGCUUAUUUCAUUGAUGUAAACGGUGAGCUCCAUGAUCGAAAAUCAAUGGGGGAAGAUGUAUUUUGGGCCAUCAGAGGAGGAGGAGCAAGUUUUGGAAUUAUUCUUGCAUGGAAAGUAAAGCUUGUCCUGGUUCCACCGGUGGUGACUGUUUUCUCAAUCACAAGAAACUUGAAACAAAAUGCCACCAAUCUAGUCCACCGAUGGCAAUACGUCGCAAACAAACAAGAUGACAGACUUAUCAUCAGAGCCGUAUUAGGCGUCACGAACUCAAAGAAUCAUCAAAAUGGCAAAAGAACAGUGAAAGCAAAUUUCAACUCCUUGUUCCUUGGAAAAGUUGGAGAGCUUCUUCCCAUAAUGCAAAAUACUUUCCCCGAGCUAGGAUUGAAGAAAGAAGAUUGUAUAGAAAUGAGUUGGAUUGAAUCUGUUCUCUAUUUUUCUGACUUCCCUAGAGAGCAACCAUUAAAUGUCCUUAUCGAUAGGAAUUUAGCUCUCAAAGGCAUCUUCAAAGGCAAAUCGGACUAUAUAAAUCAGCCGAUCCCUAAAGCUGGGCUAGAGGGUUUAUGGGAAUUGCUCAUCAAUGAUGAAGUUGAAUUCGUACGAAUGCAUCUUGUCCCUUAUGGUGGAAAGAUGAACGAGAUUUCUGAAGCAGACAUUCCUUUUCCACAUAGAGCUGAAAAUCUUUACAUGAUUCAUUAUGUGGUGUCUUGGACAGAAGUUGGAGAUAGUGAACAAAGACAUAUAAGUUGGAUCCGUAAGCUUUAUAGAUAUAUGACUCCUUUUGUUUCAAAAAAUCCAAGAGCUGCGUAUUUCAAUUACCGAGAUCUAGAUAUUGGAACAAACAACAAAGAUGGGAACACGAACUAUGAAAAAGCAAGUAUAUGGGGAGCAAAAUACUACAAGGAUAAUUUUAAGAGGCUGGUGAGUAUAAAAACUAAGGUUGAUCCUUCUAAUUUUUUUAGGAAUGAGCAAAGCAUUCCUUCUCUUUUUCCAUGGUGGAAGGGAGGGGGACAUGAGACGUUUUGAGAUAUUUUGAGAUAUGAUUGAAAGAAACCCAGCCAAUUAAACGGAUGUAUACUCCUACUUUCGUUUUUAGUUUAUAACUUAAUAAAAUUGUUAUUUUUGCAUUA